AUGGCAAUGAUGAAGAGAUGCCUUUGCAGAUCCGAGGAAGACUUCAAAGGACUGUUAAGGAAAACCAACAUCCAUCUUUACUCCUAUAAAGAGAUCAAAAGAGCAACGAACAACUUCGACCAUGGCAACAAGCUAGGCAGAGGUGGUUUCGGAACUGUAUACAAGGGAACCUUUGGAGACGGCACUGCAUUUGCUGCCAAGGUUCUAUCUUGUGAAUCUGAACAAGGGAUCAAGGAAUUCCUGACAGAGAUCGAAAGCAUCGGCGAGGCCAAGCAUGCGAACCUCUUCAGCUUGCUGGGCUGCUGUGUCCAGAAGCAAAAUAGGAUCCUGGUCUAUGAGUUCGCGGAGAACAACAGCCUCGAUCAUGCACUCAAAGGUGCGAGCGGAGCAGCGAUUCUCCCAUGGAGCGUGAGAUCGGACAUCUGUAUGGGCACGGCCAGGGGGCUGAGCUACCUCCACAAGAAGCAUGAGCCCAACAUCGUGCACAGAUACAUCAAGGCAAGCAACGUCCUCCUCGGCAGAAACUACAGCCCCAAAAUCAGGGACUUUGGCUUAGCGAAGCUGUUCCCGGAUAACGUCACCCAUGUCAGCACGCGUGUGGUCGGGACGAGCGGAUACCUGGCGCCUGAAUACGUGGUGCACGGGCAGCUGACCAAGAAGGCCGACGUCUACAGCUUCGGCGUCCUCCUCCUCGAGGUCAUCAGCGGCCGGAGGGUAUCGGAGACGAUUCGAUCGGACACGUUCCUCGUGAGACAGGCAUGGCUGCUCUACGAGCAGGGAACGCCGCUGGACAUCGUGGACGCCAGUGUCAAGGACUACCCAGAGGCAGAGGUGCUCAGAUACGUCAAGGUAGGCCUGGCGUACAAACAGGCGGCGCCCGACGGGAGGCCGACGAUGCGGCAGGUGGUGAAGAUGCUGUCGCGGCCCGCCGCGUCCCGCGAGCUAGAGAUGCACUUGGCCGACCAUCACUACUCAUCUGCCCUCACGCGUCCUGGCUUGAGCUUGUCACCUCUUUCCUCCAUGGCAACAAGUAGUACAAAUUCCGCCUCGGCCACUUACAGUGAAAUCGUGCCCAGGUAGAUGGAUUGAUUUUUGAAACAAGACCAUGCUCUAAAAACACU